AUGGAUUUAGAUACUCAAUUGGUACCAUCCAUGUCUGGUAAGUUUACGAAACCGCGUCAACUUCAUAAUACACAUUGGGGUUACAUAUGCCCUGCUGAAACUCCUGAGGGACAAGACUGCGGUCUAAUGAAAAAUCUAGCGCUAAUGUCAUACGUCUCAGUGUCUAUUCCAUCUGAUAUUUUAAAAACCGGUAUCUGGCAAAACAUUAAUGAAACUCCGUUUGAUAACAUUGUUAAAUCCAUAAAAGUUUUUGUCAAUGGAACUUUGACUUGUAUUACCGAUAGACCUUUGGAUUUAAUAAAAUCUAUUUGGGAGAUUAAGGGAAAUUCUCUUCUGGCCGAUAUUGGCAUUGUUAAUGAUAUACUUGUGAAUUAA